AUGGGUUCAAUCUGGACGGACAUGACUGAACCUUCUUCUGCAUUUUGUGCUCCUCAAAAGCCAAAAUCGGUGCAGAGAGGGUUAAUAGAAAUGGGAGAUGAGACAUUUGCAGCAAUCACAAAGAGUUUGUCGGUACAAUGUCGGGUUCGGUUUCGCCCUUGCAUUGACAUACACAAGGGGAAAGUGAAACAGAUUGUCGGAUCCACUCUUACAGAUUCUAAAGGAGAAGAUACUAGUCUUAUAACUAACUAUGAAUCUGAUAAAUCAGCUGCAGAAUAUGCUAAAAUGUAUAAAGAUGAUGGUCUUAUUGGUGGCCAUGUAAUCAUGCUCGGAGCUGAUCCGUUGAGUAAAUCAGCAGCAAUUGAAGCCUUACAUGCUUAUCCGGCUUAUCUGCUGUGUACUUCUUCAAUGCAAUGGCAGUACGUAUUCAGUGAUGGACAAGUAGAUUUUGAAAGGCUAAAGGAACUUGCCGAUACCGUGGGAAAAAAGAGACUCGUGUUGGAUCUUAGUUGCAGGAAAAAAGGGGAUAAGUAUGCUGUUGUCACGGACAGGUGGCAGAAGUUCACCGACGUGUAUCUUGAUCAGAAAGUGUUGGAUCUUCUUGCCAGUUAUGCUGAUGAAUUUCUUGUCCACGGAGUUGAUGUUGAAGGCAAAAAGCUGGGAAUUGAUGAAGAGCUUGUCGCCUUGCUUGGCAAGCAUUCACCGAUUCCGGUGACAUAUGCUGGUGGAGUCACUGUUAUGGACGACUUAGAGAGAAUCAAAGUAGCAGGAGCUGGACGUGUAGAUGCCACAGUGGGCAGCGCUUUGGAUAUUUUUGGGGGUAAUUUGUCGUACAAGAAAGUUGUCACGUGGCAUUCUCAGCAAGAGGCUCUAUCAGUCUGACUAACUUGGUUCUCACUAAAAUUUAAUCAAUUUCUUUUAUUGCUUUCUUUCAUGUACAUGUAUAUCUAUUUACGAGAACCAGCAUAAGAUGCGGUUCAGGAGCCACAUGGCCGGCGGCUUUUGGGCUAACCAAGAAAACAAUAUAGACAUUUGUUUUGUUGAUGACAAACCUGUAAAAAGAUUUAGCUGCAAGAUUCUAUUCUUUCCUGUCAAUCAAUCAAUCAAUCAACAAGCCCUUAAAAUCCCACUAAGUGGGGUUAGCUAUAUUGAUCCGUGCUCGUUUAAAUCUCACUAAGUGGGGGCAUAAAUAUAAGUUGAUAUACAAGUACGAGCUGACAUCUUGUGCAAAAGAAAAGUUGAUAUCUCGAAUCUCCUGUUAGCCAUAUUGUCUGGACAUAUUGGAUAUAGAAGGUUAGCCUCUGUCCCUCUCUUUUUUCUUUUUCUUUUAGUUUUUCCCUUCUUGAAUCCUGUUACAUUUUCGCCCAAAAAGAAAAAGAAAAAAG